CGAUAGUAUGAUUCUGAAAACAUGAUCCAAACUCAAAACAAAAAUUUUGGAUACACACUCGAGACAUUUAUUUGAUGCAUUUAGAUUCUGUUUUUGAUGAUCAUGGGUCUUGGACAUUCAAAAGAUUUUGAUACAUCAAUACUAGGCUCAUUUUGGGAUGUUAUUAUAUUGGGAAAUCAACCAAUUGAAACUUUUUUAGCAAUGUGGUAUUAUAUCUUUCUCUGGUCAUUAGUCUCUUCAGUGAUAAUUCAUUUGAUCGCAUCGGCCAUAGCAUUUGCAUCAUUACGACGACAUAAGAUUGCACGUUACAGUCCUAUAGUAAUUUUACUUUCAUCAAUUGUUACACCUUUAUUUUCAUAUUCAAUUACAUCCGCUGUGAUAGCAAGCGUUUAUCGUACAGCAAGUUUUGUUAUGUAUCCAAUAUAUGCAAUGUUUUGGGGCUGUGGAUUGACAUUAUCAACAACAUUAUUCUCAUUUAGUCGUGUAUUGGCAACAUUAUAGACGACAAAUGACAAUUAAGGACCAAUAGAAGAUUCCCUAGAAAAAUGCUGCCUCAUUAUUAUUCAUAUUUUUAUCAUGAUUUUCAUCAUCAAUUCAAAAUGAAAA